AUGCUGUUCUACUUUUUUUUGGCCCUGACGUUGAUCGUUGAGCCAUGGCUGGAGAAGUUCACUUUGGAAACUUUACUUAGAGGCUUACCUGUUGUCUGUUCAUUUGCAACUUUGACAUGCUUGGUCAAACGCUUCGACUUGUACAGCGCUGUCCUGUCAACGGUGUUAAGCGUUCUGUUGACCCCCGCCAUGCUUGCUGGUCUAGUUCUUUUUGGAGGUUCUCUGGUCGAACGUCUUCAUUUGUCGAUUUUGGCGGCGGCUCAUAUUUCCGUCAUUGGACUCCAACCGUUCAUUUUCACCUACGGACUCGAUUCCGAGGCGUGGUCCCGGGCCCUCUCUUUCAGUCUUCCAUUCGAUGACGCUUACCUAGGAUUUUUGGGUGCGUUUGUCGGAGCAUGGCUUGGCGCCGUACCAAUUGUGCUAGACUGGGACCGGACUUGGCAAGAAUACCCGAUCACAAUUGUUGUUGGAGCAUACCUUGGAUCCAGCAUCUGCGGGUUUUACGGUGCAGUGCGAGAAAAAACCGAUGCUGAGAUCAAACUCGCGGCCAAGCUCAGCGCCAAAGCAGAAAAAAGCAGUAAGGUUCAACGGCAGGCCAAGAAAAAGCUCGACUAA